AUGGCUGCUCAAAUCGUUGAACUGAACCAUGCUCGGAUAGAACAUAACGACACUCAUCACCAGCAACCAGAAGAUAAUGAGCAUCAUUCCCAGCCCUCUCAUGUCUCGGAGACUAUCCGAGCCGAAGAGGUUCAACCUGAAGAUGAAAAGGAAGAGUCCGAUGAACUUGUAGGACCCUUCACAGAAGAAGUAAUGAACUUCGUAUUGCCGAAGAGAUUCACCUUGCCACUAACCCUCACACCUUAUGAUGGGCUCGGAGACCCGAAGAAAUUUCUCAAAAAGUUCCGAUCAAUAAUGAUCGUCAACGGUUCUAUCUCACGAUUUCAGCAGCUGGCGAAGCUAUUUGAAGAACACUUUGCUGGAUCCGCGAUUUACCUGCACUACUCCGAUUAUCUGAAUAUGAUCAAACAGGGACCGAACGAAAGCUUGAAGGACUAUAUGACCCGCUUCACCAAAGUCGCCAUCAGUAUACCUGACCUCCACCCCGAGGCUCACCUAUACACAAUCAAAAGCAGACUUCGUCCUGAAAAAUUCCAGGAGACCAUCGCAGUAGCCAAGCCGAGGACCCUUGCAGAGUUUUGCGAGAAAGCAAAAGGCCAAAUUGAUAUCGAAGAACUCAAACAAGCUCAGAAAUCCGAAAAGACAAACUACCGAGAUGAAGAUAAGGCCCUAAGCACUAAGAAAAAUUUUAAACUAACCCCUCGAUUUGAUUCCUAUACGCAGUUCAAUACUAAGCGAGAUGACAUAAUUAUAGAGAUCUUAAAUUCAAAGCUCAUCAAGCCACCAAGAAAGGUUGGUACCUAUCAAGAUACAAAGAACGUGGAUAAGUCUAAAUAUUGUGCUUUCCACCAGAAACACGGCCAUAACACUGACGACUAUGUGGUGGCCAAGGACCUUCUGGAACGCCUAGCUAGGCAAGGACACCUUGACAAAUACAUUGGGGGUCACAUCCAAAAGCACAUCACACCUUCCACAACCAACGAUUCGUCCGAACAACAAAACUGA